AUGGCUUCAGCUGAAGUAGUCUCAUCGUUUGUUCAAGGCACGCCGCCAGGCGAGCUCAAAGAGGUCGUCCAAUCUAUCCAAGCACUCACAUCGGACGGAGAUCCUUCUCUACUACAGCACCCUAAAGUAAAGGCAGCCUUCCAGAAUUACAACGAGAGUCAACUAGUUUGCGCAAAACUGUCAGGUGGCUCGCAACAUGUACUAGUCAGCCCCUACAACAGACUAGAAGGAAACAAAUACUACGACACCACAACCUCCACCUCCUUCACCUUCGAUCACACAACCCAAAAAGCAAGCAACCCCCAAUCCUACACCCACGACUCCACCAACAACGACCUAAUAUCCUCGAUCCAAAAGUCCCUAGCCACACACGUCGCAGAGCACUAUCCAGCACAAUCCUCCGCAGCCGCAGGCUCCGCAUAUACAGUAGCUUCUCCCUCAGAGACACCGACCGAGAUCGCGAUCCUGAUAAGCGCAACCAAAGCCUCACCACAAAACUUUGUCUCGGGCCGUUGGCGGACGACGCUGCUUUACAAUACCGGUUCACGGACGUUGACGGGGACGAUUGCCGCCCAGGUACACUAUUAUGAGGACGGGAACGUGGCGCUGAAUACGACGAAGCAGGUUUCGGAGAAUAAUAUUGGUGAUAGUGGUUCGGAGAUUGUGCGUGUGCUGGCGAAGCUAGAGAAGCAGUAUCAGGAGGAAGUCAAUCGAGCAUUGGUGGGGAUGAAUGAGGGCUCUUUCAGAGGGCUGAGACGGCAAUUACCGGUCACGAGACAAAGGAUAGAAUGGGAGAAGAUUAGGGGUUACGGGUUGAGCGAUAAUUUGAAGGGGAAUAAAUAA